CUGGAACAUAUCGUGAGCUAAAUGUGUGUCUGCCGAUUGUUAGCAAGCGUUAAAUCUCGAUGCCUCUAACACAUACAUUUAGCACAGUUGACAGAUAAAUCGAAGCAUCCCUAUAUGCAUUUAAUGAGGAAUGACACAUUCAUCCAAACACCCGGCCUCUCCUGAAGGCGCAGUGUGUCCGUAACUGUCGCUAACUGUGCUGCUGCUAACCAGCUAAGUGGGGUGCUAACAUCCGGUCCGUAACGUCCAGUAAAACCAGGAAGGAGGGACCAGACGAUCAGGCAGCUUGGCCUCAAAGGUUGCUCUACUUCUGCAAACAUUUAUUCAUUAAAAACGAACCUCGUCGAGCCUUGUGAAGACGGGGAAAAGGAAAAGAAUAUUUAUACUACCUAAGUGGAAAGAUGUCGAAGGCUCCAGAUUCUCCAGCUCGUUCCCAUUCCAGAUCAAGAUCCAGAUCCAGAUCUUACUCCAGAUCUCACUCUAGAAGUCACUCCCGCUCAAGAUCCAGGAAACGUCGCUAUAGUUCUAGGUCCCGUUCCCGCUCUCGCUCUCACUCUCCGUCCUACAGAAACUAUCCAACCAGGGACUAUCAGAACAACAGAGGUGGGUUCAGAGGCUACAACCGAGGCUACCGGAGGCCCUUCCACUACCGUGGCAGAAACCGAGGCUAUUACCAACGUGGUCAUUACCAGAACAGGGGAGGAGGCGGAGGCUAUGGCUAUAAGGCCAAUUGGCAGGGUGGUGGUGGUGGUGGAGGCUGGCACGAUCGCCACCAUGACCAGGACCACCAUGCACACAGCCCCAGGAGGGGGCGCUCACGCUCCCGCACACCUAAGAAGCGUUCAGGCAGCCGGAGCCGCUCCCACUGCUCUGACCGCUCGUCUUCGGGGAGAUCUCGUCACUCUAGGCAGUCGAGCUACUCCUCACGGUCCAGGUCCUCAUCACCCCACCAUCGCAGCAACAAGGGAAAGCCUGGCGGCAAGGAUGCUAAGGACAAGCUAGCAGAAAGUCGACCAGAAAAAUCCGAUCGGACAGCAGAUGGCGGUGACAUCGAGAAAGCAUCUGCAGGUAAAUGGAUUGACUAUGAUGCCAGCCCUAAACGAACCAGCCCAGAGACUAAGAAAGAGGAUGCUUCCACUGAUCCUGUGGGUAAAGCGCCUGGGGCUGGCGGCCCUCUAUGGAAAACCAUCGGCAGCGCAUCGUCCCCUCCAGCAAAGAGCCCCGCAAAAUCAGGACAAACCGCCUCCUUCAGCGGCUUUGGUUUCUUCUCAAAAGAAGAUGCCAUGCUGCCAGCUGGAGAUAAGAAUGUGAUCUCUGCUGCCUUCAAAAAGUUCUUGGCUGAGAAUAAAAACAAAAAGCAGGCUGCUGAAAAGGAGAAUGGUCGUGAUAAGGAGCAGAGCACCACAGAACUCGAGAAAGGAAGCAAGUCUGGAGACCUUUUCAACAUCUCGUCCACUUCUUUCAGCGACUCCAAGGAAGACCGGACCAUGCCUUUCUUUGAUGCCGGAGAAGAAGAGUUCCUAAAGUCUCAUGGGCUGAAAGAGCGGGACAUCGACGAGGAUGGCGCGAUGAAAACCACCCUCACAGAUCGGGACAUUUUCGGGAAAUGGGGGGAUGAGCCAAGCUAUUCAAAGUCCUACCCAUUGGCUAAAGAGAAAAGCCGAAGAGAUGCGGAAGAGGCAGAGCACAUAGAUCACAUGGAGGAGGAGUUGUACCGAAGCCGCAAGCAUAGCUCUAAGAAAGAGGAGAAGGCCAAGAAGAAGGAGAAGAAAGAAAAGUCCAGAAGGAGUCUGUCCCCUCCUGUCAAGGAGCGGCCGCUUUUCCCUGGAGCGUUUCCUCCUAGUGAGUCUCCUGUACGACACAUGACUGCAUCAAGGGAGGACUUUGAACUGAAAAUUGGUUCUUUAGAUGAAAUGCCCAGCUCUUCCCUGUCUAAAGAUCGCCUCAUGCCCCGAGAUCUGGUCAAUCCCACUAAGAAAGAUCCAGAGUUUCGUUCCAUUUUCCAGCACAUUCAGACUGCACAGCUCCGUCGCAGCCCCUCUGAGCUGUUUGCUCAGCACAUAGUCUCAAUUGUGCACUACAUCAAAGCUCAACAUUUCCAAUCCGCAGACAUGACUUUAAGUGAGCGCUUUGCCAUGUACCAAAGAAAAGCUGCAGAGGUAGAAAUGAUGAAGCCAAGGAAGAGCCCAGAAAUCCACAGGAGAAUCGAUGUUUCCCCCAGUGCCUUUAAGAGGCACUCUCACCUGUUUGAGGAGAUGGAGGAAACAAGCUACAAGGAUCCAAGUCAAAAGUUCAAAGGUGACGUGAUGGACCUUCGCCUGGAUAUUGAAAGGCGUAAGAGGUUUGCUGGGAAGGAGCGCGACUACAAGCGUGAAGGGGGCAGGAGCCCAGGAGGCUCCCGAGGGCCGAGCAGAGAGAAGUCCUCUGAGAAAUCCGGGAAGCACCACAAGAAAUCAAAGAAGGGUAAGAAGAAGCGGGAUCGCUCUCCAUCCUCCUCUUCCUCUUCCUCCUCUCCAUCUCCCUCCCCUUAUCCUCCACACUUCAGAGGUAAAGAGUACAUGGGAGAGGGGAUGGAGCACUCGGAGGAGGGCUACAGUCACCCACGUUAUCCUCCACGGGACUACACUGGGCCCGCAGACAGAGGCCCUCGAGAUUACGAGGGCCACAACACAGAGAGAGGCCGAGGCCGCGGAUUUUUCCCCAGAGUCCGAGGGAGAGGUUGGAACAGGGGAAAUUAUCCAGGCAACAGCAGCAAUGGAAACCCUGCCAAUAUGAAUCCUCCAGUGCGCCCUCCAGAGGAGGAGUGGGACCCUGAAUACACCCCCAAGAGCAGGAAAUAUUACCUGGCCCAUCAACCUACUCAACAUAGUUUUCAGCCAAAGUUGGACAAGCAUGACGAUCGCGAUGGCGAGAAAACCUGGAUAGACAACCGCGGAAGAGGCCGUGGUGCCUUCCCGGCCCGCCGGGGACGCUUUGUCUAUCGUAAGGGAGGCAGCAGCCCGAAGUGGACCCACGACAAGUUCCAGGGGGGAGAAGAGGGGGAGCUGGGAGACGACAGCAUUGAAAUAGACCGUAAAGACCCCAAGAAUGCUGGAGAUGCCUCCGCCCCCAAGCAGUAGACCACACUCCCUCAUUGUCUACAUAUUCACAAGCGUCUCAGUGUCAGAACGGUUGCAUCCCAUCAUUUAAUGGUUAAAACGUGUUCAGUGAGUUUGAGCCUUCUCGCAGUUAAAAGAACUGUAACUGACUUGAAUGAAGAGCAACACUCUUAGGUUAGGUUUAUUUCAGAGUGUUUUUAUUUUAAUGUGAUGGUUUCUUUUUUUAAUCUUUUUUUGAUCGUUUUUUUAAGGGAGAACUUACUUAGGCAACAAAGUUCAAAGGUGAAUACUCUCUGAAAGCAUGAGAAAUUAAGAAAUGCAUUUGUGCCUUAGAAAAUAAUAAUACAGAAAUCUGUUUGAAGGCACAGCCCCGGCUCUGAGAGGCACAGCUCUGUACCCGUUUGUCAGUGUAGGGACGGCAUUAGACGAUGUUCAUGACAUUGUUUUUCUUUCUUUGUGUUUGGGGCUGUGAUAAAUCUUUGAUGUUACUGCAUGAAAUGUUUGAUUCAUACCUCCCUCCACGGGACCAAUCAGUAAUGGGCUCAUGAUCGUCAAGUUAUCCCGCGUGAAAGUUACAAUCCGUUGAACCACUGAACGAUUGGUAUUUGUCACUUAUAUUAUCAGAGCUUUUUCAUAUAGUGCCACUUCACCUGUAUGUCUCAUUAGGAAGUGAGGACAUUUUUGUGUGUGUGUGCUAUACCAUAUAUUCUCAUUGAUUGUCGGUUUUCAGUUAAAAACAAAUGUAAAUUGUAAAGAAUUGGCACCGAAAUUUCCUGAUUGGCUUUAGACUGAACAAACAUGUAGACUGAUAGUGAGGUAAUACAACAGGCUAAUACAUGUAUAGAAUAAUUAAAAAUAAAUACUGUGAUCAUAAUAUCUGGGGAGGAAUAUAUAAAACCUGAAUAUGGUUCUUUUUUUAAUACAACAGUUACAGUAAUACUCUUUCAAAAAAAUACCUGCAGUUUAACUUCUGUCAUCAACACGAACAUUAAAAAGUGGAGAGAAACCCUAACGUGUGAUGUUUUGUCAAAGGCAAAGAGAGCGAGAGUAUAUUUUUAAGAGGUGAAUCUUGCUGUGCUGCUUCAUCCCACUUUUGACUAAUACUGCAUGUACUAAACAGAACUGUAGUACUGUAUUUUCUGUUGUUUAAUCUGAAGUUUAAAACUUUUUACUGUAGCUUUGAAUUGUCUUUUCAUUUUCAAUAUUUUUUCCUUUAAUUCAGGGCAAUUCUGUGAGUGUGUUUUAAAUUUUUUGUUUUUUUUAGAUCUACAAAUGGACAAUGUAGACAUGUUAGACAGCACACUGUGUUGAACGGUUUGUGAUUUACUUCAUUGUUUGGGGUCUCACAUACUCCAGCGCCACAGUCUGUGUAAAAAUAUUACCAGUUGCAAAAUCAACCAUUUCUUUUCCAUUUCUGACCUUAUUAAAAACUCAAUCUGUAUAAAAA